AUGGACAUGUUGACAUUCUGCUUUCUGGGCUGCGCCGUUGUGUUAUUCUGCAUUCUGACUCGACGCGGUUACCAACGACUUUCAUACCACCUUCCCCUCCCUCCUGGUCCCGCAAAGCUCCCAGUCAUCGGAAACCUCCUCGACAUGCCUGUGGAGCGGCCAUGGGAGGCCUAUCAUCAAUGGAGCCGACAGUAUCACUCUGAUAUCAUCCAUUUGGAUGUCCUGGGGACCUCUAUUGUGGUGGUUGAAGGUGCGGAGGCCCUGAAGGAGCUGUUCGAACGGCGGUCCGCCAUUUACGCGGACCGGCCCCGCUUUCCGAUGCUCGAGCUCAUGGGGUGGGACUGGGCGACUGCCUUCAUGAAGUAUGGAAGUCGAUGGCGUGCCCACCGCAAGAUGCUGCACGACUCACUCAACCCCGCUGCUGUCAGGGUAUACUACCCACAACAAACUGCCGCGGCUCAUGGACUUGUGCGGCUCCUCCUUCGUGACCCGGCGCCUGACGUCAUGGCCGCUUUGAGACACAUGACAGCGAGUUUUAUCAUGGACAUCACAUAUGGCAUCAAGGUCCGUGCGGUCGGCGACCCGUACCUCAAGAAGAUCGCAGAAACGAUGCAUGGCCUUUCGGUGGCGAACGUACCGGGGGCAUUUCUCGUCGACAUGUUUCCCAUAUUGAAACGCGUCCCUUGCUGGUUUCCUGGUGCCAAUUUUCACCGGCGCGCUGCUAGAUGGCGCGCAGCAACUCUUGACUCUGUGGAAAUGCCGUUUCAGGAGACGAGAAGAAAUAUGAUUGCGGGGACUGCCAUUUCAUGCUUCGUUUCAGAUAGUCUCGAGCGGCUUGAGCCAGAAGAGCGCACGCCUCUGGACUCGAAUUACGCCAACUUAUCACGAGAAGAAACAGUGGUCCGCAACGCAGCCGCCGCUAUCUACACCGGGGGAGCAGACACCACCGUCGCCGCAUUGGGCUGGUUCAUUUUGGCUCUGUUGGCAUAUCCCGACGUGCAAAGGAAAGCCCAAGCUGAGUUGGAUGCUGUCGUCGGGUUCGGAAACUUGCCAACUUUUGAGGAUCGCGCUACGCUACCUUACCUCGGUGCGCUUAUAAAAGAGGUGCUCAGAUGGAGACCGGUUGGCCCGAUUUCGAUUCCCCAUUAUGUUGCUGUCGAGGAUACCUACCGUGCAUAUCGCAUUCCCGCGCACUCGAUAGUGGUCGGAAACGCCUGGGCUUUUCUCCAUGAUGAGAAAGCAUAUCCGGAUCCCGAGUGUUUCCGGCCCGAGCGGUUCCUUCGCGCCGGCCAGCUGGAUCCGGAGGUACGAGACCCAGAACUGGCGGCAUUUGGAUUCGGUCGAAGGGCCUGUCCCGGUCGAUGCAUGGCCAUGGACAGCCUUUGGAUCUCCAUCGCGACUGUUCUGGCAACGCUGAACAUCUCCAAAUGUGUCGACAAGAAUGGGAUGACGGUAGAACCCGCCUACGACAACUCUCCGGGUGUGCUUUGGAAACCUGCACCAUUUACAUGUUCCGUUACAUUACGCUCUACACAGGCACUCCAGGCUAUGAACGGCUGA